AUGGCGCUUCCUUCCCCUCCACAGGUACCGAUUGCCAAGACGAGCUCGAUGAAUGAAGGAUCUUCGGAGGGUUUCACAGAUCUUCAAGACAAAGUUUCCAUGUGUCAGCCUGUUCUUGCUUCGCCUUGUCUCUCCCACAACAAACCGGCUUCUUUAACCACAAUGGGCCUUUUUUUCCCCCGUUAUUCCCUCCAGUGCAUACAGUGUUCGGCCCUUGGUCUUUCCUCGUGCACAGAGGGGCCAAUAAUAACUUGCCCAUCGGGCCAUGUUUGUACAAGUACAUAUCAACAAACUACCAAAGAUGGGAAGACCGAUGAAUUCUUGUACAGAUCGUGUGGACCUACAUCUCACUGUAAUAAGGCGGGGAGCUUCAGUGUUGUGAACAAAAAUAUCAGAAUGGGCGUGUCCUGCUGUUCUACUGACAACUGCACCGCCCCCUUGCCUAUUUUGCCUCCUGCCAGCACCCGAAGUAAUGGGAACGUCUGUCCCAUGUGUGCCGAUACCAAUGAAGCGUGUGAGGAAAUCACAACCAUGGACUGUGUUGGAAGUGAAAAUAAAUGUCUUCUCCAAGUCACUGAAAUAAAAGGAACCACUGGAAAUGUGCAAUCUUACCGUGGAUGUACUACAAGAAGCAUCUGUGACAUUGGGAGCCAGAGUAUCACUAUGGGAAUCCUGAGCAUGGAGUCAACAUAUCUCUGUAAUGGUGGAGCCAUUACCAUGGCUAGGGCGUUGGGUGUCUCUACAGUCACAGCACUUGUGCUGCUGAUACUCCUACAUUGAUG